AAUUUAGAUCACAUCAUGGCAGAGGCAACAGAACCCAUUCACUUUCUUGAUGUCUGCAAUCAGAAAUUUUCUGAAUUCAUGUUCAAUACUGAACAUAAAUGCUUGAUGUGGUUGCGGGAAAUUGAGGAGGAAGCCAUGAAAAUAUUCGAUAGCAGUCUCAAUGCUGAGCCUGCACUGAUGCCCAAAACGCCAUCACAGAAGAAGCAUCGGAAAAAGAAGCGCUCUUCAUCUUUUAAAGAUGACAGUAAAGAACUGACUAGAAAAAGACUCUCAAAAAGACGAAGUGGCGUAAAACCAUCCUCCUCUAUUGAACUUUCUCUGAGCAAAGAGAAUCUGAAAGUAACGACAUCUUGUAAAACAAACUUUUGCACAAAGGAAACUUUAGAAGCACAGUGUCACAAAAAAGUUAUGUAUCCAGCUGAAGAACAAGCACUUGGUGUUGACUUUAACAAAAAUACUGAAGUGAAAGGAAAAAUGGAUGAAGAAAUGAUUAGUAUCCCUGAAAUCUCCACCAUGUGCCCUGAUGGCCAUUUUGCUGACAGGGUUGGAGCUACUGAAGGUGCAGGUGUUUUGGAUGUCUCUGCCAUUAUGCUGCCAAAUCCCCUUCAUCCAGUAAGGACUGGAAAAGACUGGGAUACAUCUAGGCUGAGUACUUCUACUCCAAAACCAUCUUUAAAUGUGAAGCCUACAGGUGAAGGAGAGUCGUCCUUGGCCCGACAAGGAGAUAACCCGGUGCAAGAGGGAACUGCGUCUCAAGAUUUAAAAGACAGUAGUGAAAUCUCUGGAGGCUCCCGAUCGGGCCAUCGCCCUUCACAUAGACCCCACAAGAACAAGAGAGUAUCACUUGUAGAGAAAUACUCACUAACCAGCAAAAGGAAAAGCAUGAUUCGGAAAUCCAUCAGCAAGUCGAUUGCCAAGAAGAAAGCAGCUCAGAACUCUUCAUCCACUUCUAGUCGAGUAAGCGGCCAUAGUUCCAUUGAAGUGUUUGUGGAUGAUGAAGCAAGUACGAAUGGGCCUUCCUUGGUACAGAAUGCUCAGUCUAAUGAGGAACUGAAGAUGCUACAAAAAACACCCUCUGUUCUAGAUGUACCUAGCCUGGUUGCUGCAGAAAAUCCAGAUCAGCCUGAGAUGCAGAAGGGGAAAAUAUGCAAUGAAGAAAGUCUUGCCAUUAAGAUGACUGGCUCCCAAGUCAGUGGGUUUGAAGAUUCAUCCCAGAGCAACCAGACCCAUGAAGAGAGUAUCAGGAGCCAAAGUUAUAAACAAGCACUGAAUGAGCUGCCUGCUGCCCAGCCUACAAAAGAUGAAGAUCUUUCAUCUUUUAGUCAAAAAAACACAUCUUCUGCAAACAAAACACUGUCCCCUUCUGGUUCAGCCAAGAUCACACAACCUUUCAAAACCUUCUUUCAGACAAUGCAAAAAAGCCAGCUGUUCAAACCCCCUGGGUCUCCAGGGCCCAGCAGUGUUAUGAAAAGUCUUGUCAAACAUACGACACCUGCCACUAAACCUGAUACCAGGGGAGAAUUCGUUGAAAAAGAACGACAACGACUGGAGAGUCUGCGGAAAAAACAAGAAGCUGAGCAGCAAAGAAAACAGAAAGUGGAGGAAGAAAAAAGACGAAGGUUGGAAGAAAUAAAAUUAAAGCGUGAAGAACGGUUAAGAAAGGCGCUGCAAGCUCGGGAACGAGUGGAGCAGAUGGAAGAGGAAAAAAGGAGACGAAUGGAACAGAAAUUCUCUCAACAUGAGGAGAGGAGUGAGAAGGUGCGAGAAGAGAAAAUGGCAGAGGAAAAGACAAAGAGAAAAGUGUCCAUGAAGAAAAUGUGGGAUACAGAAGCCCCAAAACAGAAAGCACUGCAGAUGGAAGAGGAGCAAAAGUUUCAAGAACAGCCAGAAAAAUGGAAGACGGUUGGGGAAAUUAAGAAGAUGCUAGAGCACAAUAAUGCAAAACAAGCAAAUGAAAGGCACCACGGACAGCAAGACAAAGAGAAAUGGAUUAAACAACUGGAUCUGGCAGUGGUUACAGAAGAGGAAGAAAAUCAGAAGGAGGAAAAGAGUCCUACCAGUCUAGAGCCGCUGCCUCAAGAAAAGAAAGCCAAGCAUGUUGAAGUGGUUCCUGCUGCCAGUAAAUGGCUCAAUAUAACUGCUCAGAAAUCUCCUAUCAGCACGUCCAACCAUGUGAACCCCCAGGACCAGAAAGAUUCCAAGUCCCUCAAAAUCAAUCCCAAUGACUAUGGAAUGGAUUUGAAUAGUGACGACUCCACUGAUGAUGAAAGCCAGCCCCGCAGACCGAUCCCUCCUUGGGCCACUGGUCUUCAGCUUAAUGAAGCUGUCACAUACCAGUACUACAACCCUCCAAAUAUUGAUACAUUUUUUGGACAAAUCUUGAGCCCUAAACUAGAAGAUAUCUUCUACAAGAGCAAACCAAGGUAUUUCAAGCGCACCAGUUCUGCUGUCUGGCAGUCACCACCUUUACCGGGUACCAAAACAGCAUUGCGUGCAUCCAAUAGCAUGAAAAAAUAAUGAGGCUGGGAAGGACCUCAUAUUUGUCAGCUGUGGUUUGUCUAAGUAAGACAUCUGUAAACAUUUUAAUAUUUUCUAUCUCUUGUAUUCCAUGCAAUAAAGAUUUAAAUUCUGAAACCACUAUAUUUUAAAUAAAGGAUGAGAUUGCGUGUGUUCUAAAA